GCCGCCGCACACCGGGGCCGCUCCGGUGCCACCCGGCCCGGCCCUCCCGCACCGGACCCGCGGCCCGCCCUUCCCCGCCGGUGCCCCCCGCCGCUGCUCCCGCCGUCCCGCACCGCCGUCUUCUCUUGCCGCCAAGAAGCGCCGCUUCCGUUUCCUCCUCGUCUUCCUCCCCCGCAUCCUCCUCCUCUUCCUCCGCCGCCACAGCGGCCCCCGCCGGCCGGCAGCCCCGCGGUGAUUGAUUGACAGCUGUCAGUCACCGAGACGGGGCUGAGCGCGGUGGCAGCAACCCCGCCGGGGGUUCCGCUGCAGCGGCGCUUCCCCACGGGAUCCCGGAACGGGUCCGGCCGGGAGGGACCACAGCGGGGCAUCUGGUGCCACUUCCCUGCCCAAGCAGGGCCAUCCCAGAGCACGUGGCACAGGAUUGUGUCCUGAUGGUUCUGGAAUAUCCCCAGGGAGGAGACUCCACCCCCUGCCUGGACAAUCUGUUCAGUGCUCGGUCACCGCACAGGAACAAGUUCUUCCUCGUGUCCAGGUGGAACUUCCCGGGCAUCAGUUCCUGCCCGUUCCUGCUGUGCCACUGCUGGGCCCCCCCAGCAGAGCCUGGUCCAUCCUCUGCCCCCUCCCUGCAGCCCCUGACGGACACUGGGGAGGUCCCUUCUCGGUGUCCCCUCUGGAGGCUGAACAGCCCCAGCUCCCUCAGCCUGUCCUGCUCCCAGAGAUGCUCCAUCCCUUCAGCACCUCCACAGGAGAAUUAUUUUCCAGGAGCUCCAUGUCCCUCUUAUCCCGAAGAGCCCAGACCCGUGCCACUGAUCCCAACCCUCUGGAAUCUGUCACUCAGCCAGUUCCCAAUCCAUCCCACUGCCCAUUCAAGCAAGGCGCAUCCCUCGAGCUGGAUGUUGUGCGGGUCCCCCGGGAGCCACUCGGCCAGUUCGGAGGGACCCCGGGACCCCUCCUCGGACCCUCCCGGGCUCCGCCUCGGGGGAGUGUCCCGAGCCGGGCCCGCCCGCGGGGAGCAGCGGGGCCAUGGCGGAGAUCCGGGAGCGCCUCGAGGCGCUCGAGCGAAGGAUGGAGCGGGCGGAGGCGGCGCUGCGGGAUCGAAUCCCCCCGGCCCUGCGGCUCCGCACGGUCUGAGGGGGGUGUCCGGGGGUCUGGGAGCUGCCCUCUCCCACAUGCCAGCCCUGCCGCAGGUGCCGGUGCGGUUCGAGGAGGUGGCGCUGCGGUUCAGCCGGCAGGAGUGGGACACCCUGGACGAGGGACAGCGGGAGCUCUACCGGAGCGUCAUGGAAGGCAACUACGAGAUGCUGGUGUCCCUGUACUGUGCCCUGUCCAAGCCUCAUCUGCUGCUCUGGCUGGAAAGAGAAGAGCUGAGCACGAUGACGGAGUCGGAGCCAGAGGCAGCGGAUGUGUCCCCAGAGCCGGCUGUAGAGCUGGCCCGCCCGAGCUGCUCCAGAGGUGAUGGGAUGCUGGGGGCAAAGACAACAGAGCCUGGUGAGGGGAGCUGCAGGGAGCCAGAGGAGAGCAGGAACCUGGUGGAGGAAAGCGGGAACUUCAUAGAGGAAAGUGGAAACCUGGCAGAGGAAGGUGGGAAGCCAUCAGAGGAAAGUGGGAAGCCGGCAGAGGAAGGUGGGAGCCCAGCAGUCCCGGAGAACUGCAGCACACCCCCCAUCCCUCUGGAAGCUGCUGUCCCAGGGGAUCUCAGCCAGCCGUCCCCGGCCCCUUCCCACCCGCUCUCUGCCUGCUGUCGGGAAGCAGUGGAUCAGAACCAGUCUCCAUCACCUCCCACCGCAGCAGCAGACACCGAGGUGGGGAUCCCAAUGGAGGUGCCACAGGAGGAGGUCACUGUGGAGAAGCUGAUAGUGCCUGGAACAUCCUCAGAGGGUCCGGAAGAGGAGAAGGGUCUGGAACAGGAGGAUGUGAAAGAUUCAGGGAAUGUUGGCCAAGGUCCAGCGGCUGACGUUCCCAAAGGACCAGGAAAGGUAGAUUCUGGCCCAGAAAAGCCGGAGAAGGGCUCCUGUGUGGGCCGGCCGGCGGGCUGCCAGCGAAAUGCCACCCGGGAACUCUACUCCUGCCCCAUCUGCAGCAAACGCUUCCUGCUGAAGAUCAACUUCCUGAUCCACCAGCGCAGCCACAGCAACUCGGUGCCCUACGUCUGUGUGCACUGCAACCGCAAGUUCAUGUCCAAGAAGAAGAUCAGGCGGCACCUCCGGGCCUGGGCGGCCAGCGGGACGUGCCAGCCCUCAGAGCCGGAGCCGUGUCCCAGCCAGACACCGUGUCCCACCUCCCAGCCCCAAACACAGGUGGCCAGUGGGACAUGCCAGCCCCCGGAUGCUCAGGUGUGUCCCAGCCAGACACCGUGUCUGACCUCCCAGCCCCAAACACAGGUGGCCAGUGGGACAUGCCAGCCCCCGGAUGCUCAGGUGUGUCCCAGGCAGGUGAAGUGCCUGACAUCCCAGCCCCAGGCCUUGGUGCCCAACGGGACCUGCCAGCCCUCGGAGCCAGGGGUGUGUCCCAGCCAGGUGCUGUGCCCGACAUCCCAGCCCCAAAUGUGUGUGGCCAGUGGGACCUGCCAGGGCUCAAAGCCAGAGGAGUGUCCCAGCUGGACACCGUGCCCAACGUCCCAGCCCCAAACCUGGGCAGCCAACGGGACCUGCCACGCCUCAACGCCAGAGGCACGUCCCAACCAGGUGCUGUGCCCAACAUCCCAGCCCCAAACCUGGGCAGCCAACGGGCUGUGCCAGCCCUCGGAGCUGGAGGUUUGUCCCAAUCAGACACCAUGCCCAUCAUCCCAGCCCCAAGCCUGGGUGGCCAACGGGACCUUCCAGGCCUCAAAGCCAGAGGCGUGUCCCAGCCACACACCCUGGCCAACGUCCCAGCCCCAAACCUGGGCAGCCAGUGGGAUCUGCCAACCCCCGAAUCAGCCAGAGGUGUGCCCCAGUCAGACACCGUGCCCGGCCUCCCAGCCCCAAGCCCUGAGCAGGGACCGUGGCACGGUGUGGGAGAAGCCCAGCCCUGCCAGGUGCCCGCUGUCCCCCGGGAAAAUGCUGUACACGUGCAGCGAGUGCCUGGAGAACUUCUCCAGCCAGAGCUUCCUGACGGUGCACCAGCGCCAGCACUCUGGCCGCCACCUCAUCCUGUGCCCCUGCUGCAACUGGAGCUUCACCUGCAUCUCCGACUUCGUCCGGCAGCACUGGGCACACGCGGGGGUCCGGCCCCACCAGUGCGGGAUCUGCCAGAAGACCUUCAAGAGGUUCUACCACCUCAAGGUGCACCGCAGGACCCACAUGCGGCAGAACCGGCCGCUCCCCCGCGCCGACCCCGUGCCCAUCCCGGCGGGAACCGUGCCAGGAGACGGGGUGGGAAGCCAGGGUGUGACCUCCAAGGGGUGCUGUGCUGCUGCUGGACCUUGAGGCGUCCUCCCGGGAAUGGGAGGCUGCUCUUGGACCUCAGGGUGUACUCUCAGGGAUGGGAAGCUGCUGUGGGACCUUGAGGUGUCCUCACAGGAAUGUAAUGUUGCUGAUGGACUUUGAAGUGUCCUUUCAAGAAUGGAAUGCUGCUGAUAGACCUCGAGGUAACCUUCCAGGAAUGGGAUGCUGCUGGUGGACCUUGAAUUGACCUCCCAGAGAUGGGAAGCUGCUUAUGGACUUUGAGGUUUCCUCCUGGGCACAGGAAGCUGCUGCUAGACUUUGAAGUGUCCUCUCAGGGAUGGGAAGCUGCUGUUGGAACUUGACGUGUCCUACUGGGAAUGGGAUGCCACUGCUGAACCUCAGAGUGACCUCCUGGGACUGGGAGGUCACUGCUGGACCUUGAAGUGACCUUCUGGGGAUGGGAGGCUGCUGUGGGCCUUCUACUCUCCUCCCCUCUACCUCUGCAACCUCUCCGACUCUCCUGCCCCCGGGGGGGAGGGAGCCCACCCUACCCACACUUGGGGGGCUCCUUGUUUCCGAGCCGUGAUGGAGCUGGUGGGAUGCCAGGAGUGGGUCCCUGUUCUGGAGAGUGCCAAUAGAUGCUGUACAAACCAGAA